AUGGAGAUGAAACAUGUGGAGGAUGAAAAUAUUUUUAACCUCACAAUGUACUAUGCCAAAUGUGAACCAGUAAUGAGGAGACCCUUAUGGGAUAUCCUGAGACAUAAAUCUUCCACAUACACUAUCCCUUGGUGUGUUAUAGGGGAUUUCAAUGUUAUAGCAUUUGUUGAGGAGAAAAUUGGGGGUAUUCCUUAUCAGAUGAGUAAAAUCUUGGAUUUUUUUAGCAUGACUGAAGAUAGUGGUCUGGUGGAUCUUGUCUACUAUGGUCACAAAUAUACCGGGUCAAAUGGCAGAGGACCAAACUCUAUUAGUUGGAAGAGACUAGAUAGGGGUCUAGUGAAUGACCAAUGGUUGACUGCCUUUCCUGCCACUACUGUUCAUCAUCUAGCCUCAGCAGGUUCUGAUCACAACCCUCUCCUGAUGGAGAUCAAUGUAAGGCAAGAAAUGGACAAUAGAUACUUCAAAUUCCUUAACUGCUGGGUAGACAAUGAGAAAUUCUUUCCUCUAGUAGAGGAGGAAUAUGGAGACAUUUUUCAGAAAGCCAAACUCUUUGAACAGCAAGUCAAAGAUGCAGAGGAGACACGGGCACAAAGUAAUUCUGAUAGUGACAGAAUUACAUUUUAG